CAAAACACAUGUGCGAUCGGUAGAAGUUCUAAGAAAUGCCUGUAUCAAAACAUUUUCCAAGCCCCAGUGAAAAUGAACUUGUGUGGACAGGCAUUGGAACCAUUCCCGAUAGACGUAGACCCGUGAAACAUUAUAGUGGUUUUCGACUCAAUGGUGAGGACUACUCGACCUCGGACUAUGUUUUGGUUGCGCGAGAUGAUGCUGAAACAACAUCAAAAGAUGACGCUCAUGUUGCUCAGAUAGUCGACCUCUAUGAUUGUGCUGAAUCGAAGAAAGUAUCUGUGAAGUAUGCGGCAGUGAAAUGGUACCAUCGACUGGCCGACAUUCCUAGGUUGGUGUUAAAGAAACUGCAUGGUGACCACUAUGAUGACCGAGAGGUUUUCUUGGAUACACAAAAGACUGACAAUGAUAUUGACCUGACAUCUGUCAUAGGAAAGUGUAUGGUACAUGUGUGUGAUGACCAAUAUCUUUUACCAGAGAGAAAGACCCGUAUGGAUGUUCCACUGUUUUACGUGAGGAAAUCAUACAACGGAAAGACGUUCGAAACAUUGAAAGAAGUAAAUAAGGAGAACAAGGUGGAUGGAAGUAACGAGAAUAGACAUGCGACAGACGAUGAAGAUGAAUCUAUUAAUUUGUGCAUGUCACCAGUGAACAGAACUACACCACAAAAGUUUAAUAUCAUUCUAAGUGUUAAACCUGUCACCCCAAGUCGUUUGUGUCCAUCACCAAGUAAAAAGAAGAAAAGUGAAUUGCCUGUCUCACCCAAAAAUGUUAAACCUGUAAUUGCUAGAGUUGAUUCUCCUUUGUGUUCAAGAAUCAAAGCGAAGGCUUUUGAUGAAGAGCGAACAAUGUCACCUGUUAUCCCUUUGCAAGGAAACAUUAAAAAGAAAAUAGAAAAAUCUUCAAAAUUAGAUCUCAAAAGUCCAAAACAAGGCAACUCUAAUUACCCAUGGUACAGCAGCCAAGAUGUCGUCAACUUCCUUAGUGAUGAGCCGGAUAGUGGAAGUGAUGGGACGGAUCCUGACAGUGAAAGCAUUGCCCUUCUUUCUGAAAGAUCAUCCGAAAAGAGUAACAGUCUUCAUUCAAAGCAGAAAGGGGAUAGCAAUGGAAGUAGUUUUUCACUUCAUUCCGCAGACUCAUCUGAAAAUAAUUUCACUAGUUUGGUAAACGGGAAAACUGAUGGUCCUAAAACAAGGAAAUCCCAAGUAUCAUCAAAAAGUGUCAUAAAUAACAAGGUUGAGAAAUUUUCUAUAGGCAUAUCAAACUCGAGUGGAAAAUAUUCUGUGAAAGCAAUACCUGUGACUGAAAAUAAUGUCGAAGUUGUGGAAAGGAAACGUUCACAACGAAUUAGUGCAAGAAAGAGUAAUUCUGUCUUGAAUAAGCAGAAGGAUGCGGUAACUCCAAAGGUUGCUAAACCAUUGUCUGAAGAAGGAAACAAUUUAGGUCGCUCAAAAAGAGCAAGAACUGAACCUCGCAAUAAGAAAAAAUCUGAAAGGCUUGAGGUGGAAAGUCUUAGCGUAAAAAAAGUAACCAGACCGACCAGUGUGCGUUUUGAGAAGCUGAAUAAGAGUUGUGUACAGAAAGUGGUGUUGCGGAGAGUUUCCGACACGCAUUACGAGUCAUUCAGAAACGACACACCAGACUCUAGCAGCCGGCCUCGGAUGGCGAGGCGAAGACUGAAGGAAGACUUCGUAUCGCCACAAUUAAAACCAAAAACUGAAAAUACCACACGACGAUCUCGACGAAAAACAGUGUUAAAAAUAGGAAGUAUGAAAGAUCUGAGUUUUGGAGAUGACAACAGUGAUUCUGAUUUUGAUGUGCUAGAAGGGUCGGAAGAUUCAGAAGAUGAGGUGUUCCAGCUGGAGAAGCAGAAACCAGAAAAUAAAAGUCAUAAACGAAAAUCAAACGUCAAAUUGGCGCGCACGCCAUCAUCUAGAUCUUCAAGAACACCGUCUAAUUGCAAAAGUAGGCGUUCAGUGAUUGGUAAUGCCACUCCAUCCAUUCCUAGCAGAAAACAGCCAUUUUUGUCACCAACCAGUGCACUGCAGGAAGCAAGGUCAAGGUUGCAUGUGUCUGCAGUUCCCGAUACACUGCCAUGUCGUGAGACUGAGUUUGAAGAUAUUUACUCUUUUGUAGAGAGCAAAAUCCAUGACAACACAGGAGGGUGUAUGUACAUAUCUGGUGUACCUGGGACAGGGAAAACGGCAACUGUCAAAGAAGUUACAAGAGCUCUCUUGAUGGGCUGUGAAGAAGGUAGCAUACCGAAGUUCAAGUUCAUUGAAGUCAAUGGAAUGAAGUUAACCGAGCCUAGACAAGCCUACACACAGAUUCUGCAGGCACUGACAGGACAAAAAGCCACACCAGACCAUGCCGCAGAUAUUCUUUCCAAGCGAUUCUGCAGCACUGGUGCCCGGCGGGAGACUGUUGUCAUGUUAGUCGAUGAGCUGGAUCUGCUGUGGACGCGCAAGCAGGACGUGAUGUACAACAUCUUCGACUGGCCAAGUCAGCAGCAGGCCAAGCUGGUAGUCCUGGCCGUCGCCAACACCAUGGACCUGCCCGAGAGACUGAUGAUGAAGAGGGUCUCCAGCAGACUGGGUUUGACGAGAAUGACGUUCCAGCCGUACACGUUCCGCCAGCUGGAGGAGAUCGUGGCGUCGCGUAUGCUGGGUCUGAAGGUGUUUGACGAGGACGCUAUCCAGCUGGCCGCCAGAAAGGUCGCGGCUGUGUCGGGGGACGCGAGGCGGGCGCUGGACAUCAGUCGCCGAGCGGUGGAGAUAGCCGAGUUGGAAGCCGAGACGACGAACAAACCCAUUCUCGUUGGAAUGAAGCAUGUCUCCACGGCCCUGCAGGAAAUGUUUACAUCACCUAAAAUAGUGGCCAUUCGAAAUUUGUCCAAGCAAGAGAAGUUGUUUCUUCAAGCGACCGUCUCGGAGUUUCAGCGUACGGGUGUGGAAGAAGCGGAGUUCUCCAAACUCUGCAGUCAGCAUCUGGCCUUGUGUCGCUUCAGUGGACAAGAACCUCCGUCGGCUUCAGAAAUGUUUGCCAUGUGUUUCCGUCUGGGAAGUUCACGACUCCUUCUGGUUGAACACGGCAGAAAGGAUCUCAACAUGCGAGUGCGUCUCAACGUCAGUCAGGAUGAUGUGUUGUAUGCUUUGAAGGAUGAUGCAGGAUUUUAAUUCAGAUCAAAACUUUUAAAGUUAUCCUCAGUGUACAAGAACUAACAGCUUUCAGUGUUUUACUAUACAUAACAGGGAAUUAAGCUGUCGUUCAUCAAAUUGGAAACUGAAGUUGUAUGGCAGACACAUUUCAUAAUAUACCGAGAGAAAGAAAUAAGGGAACACUUGGUAGAUGCAACUACCGGUCUGAUAGGCGAUCUGUCAUUUUCUCGUCUGUAAUUUUAAAAAAUGUGUGUUUUGCAUCGAAUCUGCGACUGCGCAUCAGCUGUGCCACAAUUUUAAAUCAUUCAAACAAACGAUUCAAAAUGAUGAUGAAAUGCACAAUAUAUGUACCACACUGACAAGACAACUUGGGUAUUCCUAACUGCACAAGUGCGACAUUCAGCAAACAGCCGGUCAAAGGUCAAUACUUCCAAGAAAUAGCUUGUUUAUGUUCUAAUUAUAUUACCGGUGUUUUUUUUUUAAUAGAUUGUUCUGUUAAAUACUUGUGGGAUGUCACUUGAAUUUUGUAAAUCUGUAUGCAAGAAAUGUGAAAAACUUUGUCUUCCAUCAAAAUAUUAAAUUUUUUAUUGGUUAAUCAAUAUUUGUUGGAUUAGUACACAUUCUGAUGGGCUAGUAAAUUUUAGAUGAUUUUAGUCCAGAUGGCUAGUGAAAUAUUUUCCAUUUCUGCGUCCCUGUUAUUAAGAUACAUUUGUAUUCUGCAGUUAAUCAUGAAAUUAGUAAACUAUAUUUGAAUUUAUCAUUUUUUAAUUGCAUGGCUGAUUAUUUUUAACUUAUAUAAUAUUUCACAUGAUCUUUUUUUGCACUUCCCUCACCCCCUUCCCCCUGACUAUGCCAGUGGUUCCUCCUAAAAGCAAGGACUACUUCAGAAAUUUGUAUUUAUUUUAAAAACAUGCAGGUGUUAACCAUUGUUUAUGGUUUGUACUUAAAUGUUAAAUCUGCAUGGCCACUAAAACAAAAUGUUAUAUUCCAAUGUUACAACUUUGCUUGAAAAGUCCAAUCAAAUUAUAUUUCAUUGUUAAAUCAUCAGCAGUUUAUUUAUUAAACAUUUUAAAUGUAAAUUGAAGUCACUUUUGUUAAUUAGGUACAAAACCACCAAACUAACCAUAAGUUAAUUAAAUGUGAAUCGAUGUUGAUAUUUGAGGACAAUUCACAAAAUUAUUUUUAUAACAUUGUGUAGAUGUUUUUGAAAAGAUUUUGUGUGAAUAUUUGUACAUAUUUGAAGAAAAGUGAAAAAGUAUUCUUAUAACAUUGUAUAGCUGUUUUUGUAUAUGCAAGAAUGAAUGACUAUUUAUAAUGUCAGUAACUUUAUUAAAUAACAUCUGUGAAGGACUUCUCUGUUGUAUUUGAAAAAGAAUGUAAGCUUAGUACAUUUUUAUACAAUUUUGAGAAUAAAAUAUUUAAGAAAAAAUACUUCUGCAUUUAUUAAUCACAUAGAUUGUUGAAAAACCCCUAACCCAAAAUAAAAUGUUAAAAGGCUGAAAAAAGGGAAGUUCAAGUAAUCGCAGGUGAUAAGUUAUUAUUUAAAGAAAGUGCACAUUGUGUCAGUUUGCCAUUUUGUUUUCCUGGCCCAGUAGUUUUUGUCGUGCCUUUAAGAAGUAAAAAGGCAAGUUCUUUUCCGGUUGAUUCAUUCAUGGUGUCGGCAUUUGCAUUUACUUCAAAUUUAAAGUUUUGCAUUUAACUCCAUUUCUAACAAACUUUUGUUUUAAUUAAAGUAGCACCUAAGAAUGUUCACAAUGCAUGUGGAAAAAAAGUUUUUUUUUUUUUUUAUGCAUACCACCUUUCAACAUGAUGUAAAAGAUGUGGAAAAUACCACACUAUUGAUAGCUCCAUUUGUUACUUUGUAUACGUAACUGUCUACAACAUCAUUUGCUACUGUUACAGAUUACUUCUGGUGUACAUACUUGAAAUAUAAAUUAAAGCCGCACACCCUAGUUCCAUCCAGCGAAAAUAAAUUAUAAUUU